UAGCCCUCUGACUCUGGGCAAUCAGGAUUCAGAAACUGAUCUGCGGCAGCAAAUAUGGAACUGCCGUUGAUGUUCACCAAUGGUUUUCUGAUAUCACCGCCGACCCUUUUCACGGUGUUAGCAAUGUUUGCAGGAGUUUUGAGUUACUUGUAUGGCCCCUACUGGAAGGUGAGAAGGGUACCUGGCCCACCAGUUAUCCCUUUCGUAGGACACCUUCCCUUGCUGGCAAAGUAUGGUCCUGAUAUAUUCUCAGUUCUUGCCAAACAGUAUGGCCCUAUUUUCAGGUUUCAUAUGGGUAGACAGCCACUAAUAAUUGUAGCUGAUGCAGAGCUUUGUAGAGAAGUAGGAAUCAAGAAAUUCAAAGAUAUCCACAACAGAAGCAUUCCGUCUCCUAUCGCAGCUUCCCCUCUUCAUCAGAAGGGUCUCUUUUUCACCAGGGAUGCAAGAUGGUCGACGAUGCGAAACACUAUAUUAUCAUUGUAUCAGCCAUCGCACCUAGCCAGCCUUGUGCCCACAAUGCAAUCAUUCAUCGAGUCUGCAACUCAAAAGUUCGACUCGUUUAAAGAGGAUGAAGAGAUUACCUUUUCUGACCUCUCCCUCAGGUUGGCCACUGAUGUAAUAGGACAAGCUGCAUUUGGUGUCAACUUUGGCCUCUCUAAACCACAAUCCAUUAGUGAAUCAAUUGACAAGAUUGACAGCAAAGACAGCAACAAUGAUGAUCAAGUCUCGGAUUUCAUUAACCAACACAUAUAUUCCACUACUCAGCUUAAGAUGGAUUUAUCCGGUUCCUUUUCAAUUAUACUGGGACUACUUGUUCCUAUUCUUCAGGAGCCAUUUAGGCAGGUCUUGAAAAGAAUUCCCGGGACAAUGGACUGGAAAGUUGAGCGUACUAACCGGAAGUUGAGUGGCCGGCUUGAUGAGAUUGUGGUGAAGAGAAUGAAAGACAGUGAACGUGGUUCAAAGGACUUCUUGUCAUUCAUAAUGAAUGCGAGGAAAUCGGAAAUGGUUGCCAAAAACGUCUUCACUCAAGACUACAUUAGUGCAGUUGCUUAUGAGCAUCUCCUAGCUGGAUCAGCCACUACAUCAUUCACAUUGUCUUCAAUUGUCUACUUGGUUGCCGGACACCCAGAUGUCGAAAAGAAGUUGCUGGCGGAAAUUGAUGGAUUUGGACCUCUUGAUCAGAUGCCAACUGCUCAUGAUCUUCAAUACAAAUUUCCUUAUAUUGAUCAGGUUAUUAAAGAGGCAAUGAGGUUUUACCUGGUUUCCCCAUUAGUUGCAAGAGAAACAUCUAGGGAAAUUGAAAUUGGAGGCUAUCUUCUACCAAAGGGAACUUGGGUGUGGUUAGCACUCGGAGUUUUAGCCAAAGAUCCGAACAACUUCCCGGAACCAGACUCGUUCAUGCCAGAGAGAUUUGAUCCAAAUUGCAAAGAAGAGAAAGAAAGGCAUCCUUAUGCUUUUAUACCGUUCGGAAUCGGGCCUCGAGCAUGCAUUGGUCAGAAAUUUUCACUGCAAGAAUUAAAGGUCUCGCUGAUUCAUUUGUACCGGAAGUAUGUAUUCAGGCACUCUCCCAACAUGGAGAACCCUCUGGCACUCGAGUAUGGCAUUGUCCUUAAUUUCAAGAACGGUGUCAAGGUUAGAGUCGUAAAGCGGUGAUCAUGCACUGAUUAGUCUUCAACACUGCCAGAUCAAUCAUUUUAUUCGUACUCAUAAAUCCUUGUGGAGCAAGAUCUGACUGCGGCAUCUUUUUGCAAUUCCCGCUAUCCAUGCAGUACCAUCAUUUGUCCUUUCUUAUGCUGUUUGUUGGUGGCAUUACUUAGCCUUGGCUGUGUCUUUCUUCUGCUUUGUUUCAAUGAAGUUUUAUGUAAACAUCUUCACUGUAAAGCUUUUAAAUUUAAUCGUAAAUUUGAAUCUUA